GCCCCGCCGCUUCCGCCGCGCUCCGGGCGCUGGGGUGGCCCCUCCGCAGCGCCGGCCCGAGGCGGGAGGCGAGCUGCUGCUUCCAGACGAUCCGUCUGGAUCCAGCCCCGGCAGGUACCUGGCCGUUGCAGGUGCUUACAGCUGUCAGGAGCUGGCUCCAAAUCAUAUUUCCAUUAGGUACUGGCAUGGGGCUUUUAUCUGGAAAUUGCUGCAUAGAAAGCUGCCUCAGCUUUUUGAUAAGCAGACAUGGCUGUCACGCUGCAUACUGAUGUAGGAGAUAUUAAAAUUGAACUAUUCUGUGAGCGUACUCCAAAGACUUGUGAAAAUUUCCUGGCUCUUUGUGCGAGUAACUACUACAAUGGAUGCGUAUUUCACCGAAAUAUAAAAGGCUUCAUGGUUCAGACAGGGGAUCCAUUAGGCACUGGGAAAGGAGGUAACAGCAUCUGGGGCAAGAAGUUUGAAGAUGAAUUCAGUGAAUACCUAAAGCACAGUGUCCGUGGGGUAGUUUCAAUGGCAAACAAUGGUCCAAACACCAAUGGAUCGCAGUUCUUCAUCACUUACGGCAAACAACCGCACCUGGACAUGAAGUACACUGUGUUUGGAAAAGUUAUUGAUGGCUUGGAGACCCUGGAUGAGCUGGAGAAGCUGCCUGUGAAUGAGAAAACCUACCGACCUCUUAAUGAUGUUCGUAUCAAAGAUAUUACAAUCCAUGCCAACCCUUUUGCUCUGUAGCCACAGAGGCCUCAACACAUUCUUUAGAGACUGGUCAAAUCAACUCCCAGAUCAUGGGGUUUAUGGAGCCAUUAAAAAGGGUUACUUCAGCUGGA